AUGUUUACGUUGGUAGUGAGUGUGUUGUGGCAGACACCAACUCAAGUUCAGCAGCAAAUGGUACAAUGUCUAAAUGACAUUUCAUUGAAACAUUUCACACCAGUGCAUGCCCUUGUAGUCGCAUAUUACAAUUCUCAACUUCAAGAAAGUCUCAGUAGAAUUCUAGAAAAUGAAACUCAAGAAAGAAACAAAUUAUAUUGGGAGAGAGACUUCGGGAACAAACUUCUGCAAGAUUUGCACAAAUCAGAAAAAUGGUCACUGUUGCUCUAUUUAAACAACGAUAAGUGGAACGAGGAAAUGCCACAGAGCAAACAUGGCAGCUACAUUAUAAUAUCAUUACAUCAUCAUCAUAAAAAUGUGGUACAGGAUGUAUCAGUCCAGAUCAAGAAACUCAGAAAUGACUGGGACUGGAAUCCAAGAGCAAAAUUCAUUAUAACACUGCCACAUGCAGAAGGAAACUCUACCAAGCAGCUUGCAGCUGAUGUUUUCAAUGAACUGUGGAGAUGGAGAGUUAUAAACAUGAUUGCUGUAAUCCCUGCUUUGGGACCAAAGAACACAACAGAUGCAGUUCCUGUAUUGGAUGUGUACACUUGGUUCCCGUACCGUCCGCCCGGUCGCUGUGCCGAUGUCAGAGACCCAGUAGUGCUGGAUCAUUGGAUUGUGGAUAAGUAUGGCAAUGGAAGCUUCUUGAAUAAUGCAACCCUGUUUCCAGAGAAGGUGCCAAAGGAUCUCCAAGGAUGCCCCAUUGUUGCAUCACUUUUUGAAUUAGAACCUGCUGUUAUGAGCAAGAAAUUCACUACAGAAGAUUCAGCAAAGACUGUUUUCAACGAAGGCAUCGAGAUACGACUACUCCAAGAGUUUGGAUCAGCCACAAAUAUGACUAUAACAUACACACAACCACCAAAUGAGGAGUUGUGGGGACUUCCCCUAAAAAACGGAUCGUGGACGGGGGCUUCCGGUCAGCUAAUACAAGGCUCGGUGGAUAUGGCUAUGGAUCUUUAUUUUUACAGGUGUGACGUAAUUAAGGAAGUGGAAUGCCUUACGCCCCACUUGAUCGACCAUGUGAGGUGGUACGUCCCUUGUGCUUCCCCAUUCCCUGGCUGGAUGAGUCUCAUCAGGGUGUUUACUCUGUCUCUCUGGUUGGGGUUCCUAGUAUCCUACUUCAUUGUUGCUUUUAUUAUGUGGCAAGUGGUGAAGAAGAGCAACAUGAUAUUCACACAGUCAAUAGAGAACCAAGGUUACACCAGUUUGGUGAAAUGUCUCAUGAAUUUCUGGGCCAUUAUCCUGGGAGAGAGUGUCCCUAACAACCCUCCCGAAAAGCCUGUUAUCAGGAUGGUGUUCCUUAUAUGGGUUUUAUACUGUUUGGCCAUCAACACUGUUUACCAGACGUAUCUAACUAGCUUCUUGGUAGAUCCAGGUCUUCAACAUCAGAUUUCCUCUGAUGAAGAGGUCAUCAACUCCGGAAUGGAAUAUGGUGUCCCUAGCGCUAUUUCAACUGUCAUCCCACAUGUAACGAAUUGUCGUUACCAACAUCUAUUGCAGUGCGAUGACCACAAAGGCUGCCAGAAUAGAAUUGCUUUCAAGCGUGACUUUUCUUACAUCUACUCCACGUUCAGCAUGGAAUUCAUUAUUGCUGCUAGGUACACAGAUGCCAAUGGAAAGCAGUUGAUCUGUUCUUUCGAAGAAAUAAUUUUAUCUCAGCUAAUAACGAUGCCGGUACCGAAGGGCUACAUGAUGUUAGAUCGGUUCAACAGCAUAAUUUUGCAUUUGCUACAAGCUGGAAUAUUAGAGCAAUGGUUCAAAGACAUAAAAUAUACCACGUCCCUGAGUUCUAGGGUGGAGACCGACAUGCUGAGUGGGGAAUAUACUAAGUUGAGCUUACUGCACAUGCAGUCAGCUGUUUAUAUUCUGCUCCUAGGUCUCUUUCUGUCAUUUGCUGUUUUCCUAUUAGAAAUGUUACUCUGUAUGAAUUUACGUUUUUUGUAUCCUUAA